AUGUGCUCGCUGUCACUGCGGACGUGACGAUCAGAUAGGCUUGGAAAUGAUUCUGGACCGUGAAUAUUCUCUGGAGAUAAAACCAUAUUUAUUUACCAUGAAAAACGUUACAGUAUAACUUUAGACGCGCAUUUAUUUCGUUUGAACGCGGUCCCAUCCUGGAGUGACGAUAUUGUGCGAGAUUCGAGGAGAAAAGAGCGUUUCCAACUCGGUCCGUUUCUGCUGCCUGUAGCUCAGCUGCGUCUGAAGAAAACAAGCAUCGAUAAGCGUCGGAUUUGUCUCCACAUGAAAAAUGCCACGGGAUAACAAGAAGUCUCUCAUUCAGAAAAUAGCCAGCCAAGCCAAUAUCACAUUUAAAGAUUUCAAUGCAUCCGCAAUUGGGGACAACAAAGUAUUAUUGGACAACCGGGGGGAUCUAAUCACCCUGCUGACGGAAGUCAGGACUGCAGACCUGAAGAUGAAACCGAACGGCUCCCAUUCCGAACACAACCCACCUGUCACGUACAUGCACAUCUGCGAGACGGAGUCGUUCAGUAUGGGGGUGUUUCUACUGAACAGCGGGGCUUCCAUCCCGCUCCACGACCACCCCGGUAUGAACGGGAUGCUCAAGGUUCUAUACGGGAAAGUCAGUAUCAGGUGUUUUGACCUGUUGGAUAAACCUUCGGACCAGGUGCAGAGUGAGACCCAGUUCGACCCGCCGCUGCUGCCGUUCCAGAAGGACUCUCUGCGGCGGGCUGUGCUCCGGUCAACCAUGUGGUUCACCCAUGACAGUAGUCCGUGUAUCUUAACCCCACAGAGGGAGAACCUGCAUCAGAUCGACACGGUGGAUGGACCGGCUGCUUUCCUCGACAUCCUGGCACCUCCGUAUGACCCUGAAGAUGGGAGGGACUGUCAUUAUUAUAAAGUCCUACAGACUGUUCCCGACGCAGACAGUAAGGUAGAGGCGCAGCAGCCGUGGGAGGAAGAGACGUGGUUACUAGAGAUAGGCCAGCCUGAUGGCUUCUGGUGUGGGGGUGAACCAUACCCCGGGCCCAAGGUUUCCUUCUAAUGUCGGUGUUGUAAAGGCAGGGAUACCUGCGACCAAAUAGGGGCUGCCGGAGGACUUUCAAAAGACUGAAUCACUGUGACUGGGACAUGAGUUGUAGCAGGUGAAUGAACUGCAGGUGGAUAAUGUCUCUGGGACAGGCCUUUUGUUUAAGUAUUGAACCUUCUCCUGUAAACUUCCAAAUAAGAUGUUUUCAUCCUGAACAGGCUCAGAAACGUCCUAUUCUCUUAACAACAUUUGUUUGUAACUGAAAAUGUGAUAUGCCUUAUGUGAAUAUUGAAUGUAAACUUUGAAAGCAUUUAUCAUGUCUAGUUUCCAUGUGCACACUACAUUUUCUAUCUUUCAUUGAUUUAUUCCAAACAAAUGUGUGUAUGUGUAAACACUAGCUUUGUUUAUAAUUGAAGGCUUUUAUUUUGGGACAGCUGAAAGUUCUACCUAUAGCCUUACUGCAUAUACAGUGCCUUCGGAAAGUAUUCAGACCCCUUGACUUUUUUCACAUUUUGUUACAUAACAGCUUUAUUCUAAAAUAUAUUAAAUUGUUUUUCCUCAUCAAUCUACACUACCCCAUAA